AUGACUGCUGCCGAUCUGCGAAUAAAGCGGGAGUCUGUUGUCCGGUGCAGCACGGGGUCUUCCGAUGUAGACGCAUUGUUGGGUGGCGGUAUACCAUCGCAGCAGAUCACGGAGGUCUUCGGCGAAUUCCGAACAGGCAAAUCUCAGCUGUGCCAUACCAUGUGUGUCACCGCUCAACUACCUACUAGCCUGGGUGGUAUGGAAGGCAAGGUCGCUUACAUCGACACUGAGGGUACAUUUCGUCCUGAGCGCCUAAUGCCCAUUGCGGACCGCUUCGGCGUGGAUCGAGAUGCAGUCCUCGACAACAUCAUGUACGCACGCGCAUAUACAAGCGAGCAUCAGAUGGAACUUUUGACCAUAUGUGCCGCAAAGUUUGCGGAGGAAAGAGGGACCUUUAAGCUGCUUAUAGUUGACUCGAUCAUCGCCUUAUUCCGUGUGGACUUCUCCGGAAGAGGAGAACUUGCCGAUCGCCAACAGAAGUUAGCGCACAUGUUGUCUUGCCUUGUGAAAUUAGCUGAGGAGUUCAACGUUGCUGUGUUCAUCACAAAUCAGAUGACAGCCGAUCCAGGAGCCAAUGUCACGUUCGUGGCUGAUCCUAAAAAACCAAAAGUGCUGAGGCACAGUUUCGCACUUAUAUCAGGUCGCGGAGACCAACGUAUUUGCAAGAUCUAUGAUUCACCAGACAUGCCAGAAAGCGAAGCGGUGUACCAAAUUACGAACGGUGGAAUCGACAACCCUACCUCUUAG